CACGCGCUCACGCGGAGCAGUGACGACUCUCCGGGGGAGGAGCCACCGGAUUGCAAAACAAACAAACCCCGCGAGGUUUCGAGAGCCCGGAUGGUCCCGCCCCCAGAGCAGAGCCGGAAGAGGGAGGACGGACCGGAAGAAGGUGAAAUGCUUUCGAUAGACACUCCACGGUUGUGAAGAUGGCGGCGGCUGCGUGGCUUCAGGGGUUGCCUGUCAUUCUUCUUCUUCUGGGGCCUCAGCUGUCUCCAUUGUCAUUUUUCGGUGUAGGACCGACACCCGUAGCUGCUGCCGACCGAUCCAAGUGGCACAUUCCAAUACCGUCGGGGAAGAAUUAUUUUAGUUUUGGAAAAAUCCUCUUCAGAAAUACCACUAUCUUCCUGAAAUUUGAUGGAGAACCUUGUGAUCUGUCUUUGAAUGUAACCUGGUAUCUGAAAAGUGCUGACUGUUACAAUGAAAUUUUCAACUUUAAGACAGAAGAAAUAGAGACAUAUUUGGAAAAUCUUAAGGAAAAAAGAGGCUUAUCGGGGAAAUAUCAAACGUCAUCAAAAGUGUUCCAGAACUGCAGUGAACUCUUUAAAACACAGAGCUUUUCUGGGGAUUUUGUACAUCGACUGCCUCUUUUAGGAGAAAAACAGGAGGCUAAGGAGAAUGGAACAAAUCUUACCUCUAUUGGAGAUAAAACUAGCCUUUUGAGAAUUUGGUACAAGCUGUGGUCUCCAGGAAAAUGCAUCAAGAUAAUGCAUGAACCACUGAAAACAUGGCAGGACGCACCAUACAUUUUUAUUGUACAUAUUGGUAUUUCAUCUUCAAAGGAAUCUGUGAAGGAAAAUUCACUAAGGAAUCUUUUUACCAUGACUAUUGAAGUGAAGGGCCCCUAUGAAUACCUCACGCUUGAAGAAUAUCCAUUGAUGAUUUUCUUUAUGGUGAUGUGCAUUGUAUAUGUCCUGUUUGGUGGUCUCUGGCUGGCAUGGUCUGCCUGCUAUUGGCGAGAUCUCCUGAGAAUUCAGUUUUGGAUUGGAGCUGUAAUCUUGCUGGGAAUGCUUGAGAAAGCUGUCUUCUAUGCAGAAUUUCAGAACAUCCGAUAUAAAGGAGAGUCUGUCCAAGGUGCCCUGAUCCUUGCAGAGUUGCUUUCAGCAGUGAAACGCUCACUGGCUCGAACCCUGGUCAUCAUAGUCAGCCUGGGGUAUGGCAUAGUCAAGCCUCGCCUUGGAGUUACUCUUCACAAGGUUGUGGUAGCAGGAGCCCUCUAUCUUUUGUUUUCUGGCAUGGAAGGGGUCCUCAGAGUCACUGGGGCCCAGACUGAUCUUGCUUCCUUGGCCUUUAUCCCCUUGGCUUUCCUAGACACUGCCCUGUGCUGGUGGAUAUCCUUCUCGUUGGCUUGUUUGAUGGAUGUUCAUUUUCUCCCCUUGGAGAUGGGUUUCCCUUGGUCUUUAUACAAAGGGUUUUUACCACUUUUGUGGAUUACUCUUCACCCUGGGGGAUAGGGUAUUUUAGGUCUAACAACCUGAGGGCUCAGGUAAGCGGUUGUCCCCCGCUCCCCAUUUUUAAAAUCACAUCGGAAGUUGGUGACUGGACUGAGCACAAGAUAAAAGCUACUGACUUUUCUUUUUAAAAUGAGCAUUUCACCUUGACUUUGGACUUCUGUACUGGCUGCUCUGGUCCUGCUCUUUCUUUCAGCCACUAAAACCGAAAGCAAACCCAUUGUCAUCAAGUCAAUUCUGACUCAUAGCGACCCUAUAGGACAGAGUAGAACUGCCCCAUACGGUUUCCAAGGCUGUAGAUUUUACAGAAGGAGACUGCCCCCCCUUGCUCCUGCAGAGUGGCUGGUGGGUUCGAACUGCCGACCUUUUCAGUUAGCAGUUGAGUGCUUAACCACUGCACCACCAGGGCCACUAAAAACCACUAAGAAAAACCACUAGCAGUUAUUAAAUCUUUUGAAAAUUGUGAAAAGAUUUUGAUUCUUAAGAUACGUUUUCAGGAAAUGCAGUAGAUUGUUUGACUCUUCUAAAAAAGUCUAGGUGGGUUUAGCAAGUUUUAACCCUUUUAUAGGGUGAAUGUUUUAUUCCUUCAUUCAAAAGCUGACUUGGGGUUAUGUGAAGAUUUCUACCUUUAGACAUUAAUAUUGUUUAAUUUGCAGGCAAAGUCACCCAGCAGAUAACAAAAUAUUUAUUCUUUUUCUCCUGCUUUUUAAAAGUAAAUAUUUGUUUAUUAGGCAUUUGGCCUGUUGGGUGGAAGAUUCAAGUUUUUGGACUUUGUAUUUUUGGGGAUUAUUUUGACUUUGUUUUGAUUUUGUGUACUUGUCUGGCUCUAUGUACCCAGCAAUUGUGCAGUAUUACUGUCUUGAUCAGACUCACUAUUGCAGAAAGCUGAAUAUGAACAAAAUUGUAUAAUUUUGUGAUUGUAGUGGGUUGCCAUAUAUAAAACAUGUUUGAAAUUGAAGUGUCCUGAGUCCAAAUGGCCAAAGCUUUUCUAGGUCAGUGUCUUUCCAAGUGUGCUUUAUGAAUGUCUAACUUUUGGUAGGAGUGGAGAGAAGGAGGUGGGACUGAACCAUCCAAUAAGAACCCACUGACUAGGCAACAGCCAAGGCUCUGUCAGAGGGCACAACAAGCUCCAACUCCAUUAUUUUCAUAUAUGCUGAUCAUUCUGCAAGUUGGACAUGAGAACAGAGGUCCUCUUAGCUGUCAUCAGUUCCCCUUCUCUCUUCCUCUCUCAACUCGUACUUGAGAAUAAUGUUCAGAAAAUGCAGAGUUAUUGCCUUUGGCGCUUAACUGCCUGGGAUUCUCAGCUGAUUGUAGGGUCCUCUUAGUUCAGAGUAGUCAGGCAGCUAACGACAGGUUCCUUAAGGUGGCACAAGGGCACUGAGUAUAGAAUUACAGGAGGUUGUAGAUAUGAGUCUAAUUAUGGCCCUGGACUUGGUUAGAUGGAACAGGUGAGAACAGAGUGAGGGCCCACCUUAAAGAAAGAGAGAUGAUGAUGUUAACUCCUUGAUCCUUGCCUGUUACUCAUUUUCAUUUCAUCUUGUACUUGUCUAUUCUUUUUGUUUGUUUCUUUAGAAAGCUUUUCUUGUCUUUAUUUCUCUCUUUUUUUAUAUUUUUCCUUUUUUGCCCCACUUCUUAUUCUGGUUCUGCCUUCUCAUCAGUGUCUCAUUGAAUAUGAUGACUUUCUUACUAAUCUUGGAGAGACUUGGGGGUGUUUGUGAGGUUAAGUGAGAACAAGAGAGCUGUAAGGCCUCUGGGACCCUUAGCUCUGCCAUUUAUGACCUUAGAGCCUCAAAGAAAUUUGAGAGUUAAUCAUCUAGUUUAUUGUUUUUUUCCAUGUUGAUUUCCUUGACCU